UGGUAAAGACGCGCGUGGGGUUGGGCGUUGGUGGCGGUGGCAGUCAUUACAAGGUGACUGCGCGCUGCGUACCAGAAGUAAGCAUAACCUCACCGACUAAUGGGCAUUAUCAUGAAUUACAGCCAUCCUCAUCGCCAUCAAUAUCAUCAACACCGACGACGCCAUCGCCACAGCCGGCGAUAGUGACAACAAACAGCAAAACUACCAACAUCACCACAACCACGGCACAUCCACAUUUACAAGAGAAACAUCAAAACCAAAAACAACUAUUCGCCAAUCAUCAAACAUCCGCAGAACUGGCAUCAAAAUCAGCAACACAACCCCAUACAAAUCAACAAUAUCAACAACAAAACCAAAACCAAAAACAAAAAUAUCACCCACAAGAAGAUCAAAAACAACAUCAACAUCAACAUCAACAACAGAAAUCGCAUAAGAAAUCGAAAGUCAAGGCAAGUAGCAACAGGAGCAACAGCCAUUGCUAUAGCAACUACAAUUACAACAAUAAUAAUAAGAACAACAGCAUUAACCAUAGCAACAGCCAUAAUAGUACUAGUAACAGUAAAUAUUUUCUACAACGCAGUAAACACACUAACAACAUUUAUUCAUCAGGAGCCACACUGGUGGAGGAAGAGGACUUCAAUGAAUUGACGGCAGUGCCCACGGCGACCAUUGUGAUAGCGACGAACGCAAACGGCAAAGUGCGUGUUAGUCCACAUACAACCGCCAACGGCAGUGCCGUUAUAGGCACAGGUAUCGGCAUCGACAAGGAGUCGGUACGCAAGUUGCCGCUACCCUUGAAAUUGACCACCAAAACAACGUCAAGACAAACAAUUGACGCGCCAACGAAAAAUAUACUACAACGCCAACAGGCGACACACCAGCAACUGGAACAGCUGAGUCCAACAGAAACUAUAUUAGAACAGAAAUUAACGGCGCAAACAAGUGAAGAGAGCCAACCCACUGAAUUGACGCCGUUGGUAGAAGCGGAUGACAUAACACUACACUCCAAUCACAGUCCAAUCGCAAUAACCCCCUCUUCAAAUACAAAUACCGCCAGUUCAACGCAACGUUCUUAUAGUACAGCGAUAGCCGCCUCUGUUUCGCCAACGGCUAGCGUUGGUUUAGCCGCAACAUCGCAAUUCGGUGGCGGCUUAUCGCCUGCCACAUCUGCAGCCAGCAUCAUCUCUACCGUCGACGUUGCCAAUCCGCCAAACAUCUACGUUCAGCAAUCCAGCUUACCGACUGCACCAACGGCGCCUCCACCUACGGUUGUGGCUGCAGCCGCUGCCGCCACCGCCACCACCACAACCUACAGUCACAACUCUAAGACAACUCGUUCAUGGCCAGUUAUCUAUAGGAAUCCGCAUCAUUACGAUUACGAAGCUCUAUACGUGCAGGCGACCAAACCAACGAGUGGCAGCAAUCACCAUUACCACCACCAGCCGACAAGUAAUUUUCAAAUAGGAAGUUCCGUUUUCAAACCGAACUGCUACUCAAAUCAAUUUGCCCAAUCAAUUUUGUACACAUCCAGCAAUGAGGACUUGAGCGCAAUCAAUGAGCACGGCGAUAACUUGGGCGGGUUCAAUGGUGUUGGUGGCGGUACAACCAGUGGUAGCGGUAACUUUGGCAUUGGCAACGGCCACAACAACUUCAAUACGAAAAAUAACACACAAACAACGUGCUAUUACUUUGCGCCCAGUCGCCAUAACAGCAUUUAUGAACAUCCGUCAGCUGUGGGGCAUAAUUCUCCAUUUCAAUUCGAUCCAUCCGCAGCAACAACUGCAGCCGCCGCAGCGGCUGUUGAGAGUUUAAGGCGUAGCAACAGCAUACUGUUGCGGAAUAGUAGUUGCGCUAAGGCGCUGAACCAAAACGACGGCACCGGUGGUGGGCUUGAUACGCCCACGUCACUUAAUUCGGCCAUGGAUAUGGGUAGCAACUCAGGCGCAUCGGCUUGUUGUUCUAACUGUUGUGUUGGCCCACCACCAGUGCUGUUUCUGUUUGUGACAUUGCUGAUGACUACCAGUGCGACGGCAAUGUUAUGCGCUGCCAUUAUGACUGAUCAUUGGGAACACGUUACUUGGGAUCGAAAUAGUUUGGAUAGGUAUACGAAUCGAUCAAAUAUGCAAUUGGAGUGGAUGUUGGACGAAAAGGUGGCGAUGCUGAAGCCCGAUAAGAAAGCAGAAUAUCGAUUUCGCCGAGAAACGGUUUUCUUAGUGCCCAUGCACGGUGGCAUUUGGACGCUGUGUAUAGAUUUGCCAAUGCAAGAACUACAAGAGUUACGACGACAUCCGAAAUUCCCACGCGGCGCUCCACCCUGUGUCAACUACUUGGCUGGAUCGAUGGAAAACGCACGAGGUGAAGAGCAACGUAACGAUUGGCAACAUAGAAUGCAAAACUUAUCAAUUUCCUGCUCUCUAGUCUGUCUUAUUAUAUUGGGUAGCGCAGCAUUGGUGGGGGCAUUUGGUGUCUGUCAGCGUCAAAUAAGCGCAAUAUUAAUUACAGGAGUUAUGUAUUUACUGGCUGCCCUCUUUGCGCUCUUCACCCUGAUGAUUAUACAUUUUAAACGUCAACAAGGACGCCCCAUGUUAGAUAGUGAUUAUGAUGGCACCGUUGAUGGUAUUGUGGCGCGUCCUGGCGGCGUUGCCAUAAUGGCUAAACCAUUAUUGGGCGCACGCAUAUUUCUGACAUCAUGGAGUUUGGAUUUGGGUUGGGGUGGUGUUGUACUGUGCGGCAUAACGUCUGUGCUAUGGAUUUUACUAUCGAAAAUUAUGCGCUACAAUCCAUUUUCAGCACUAAUGAUUUAGUUGGAAGAAGCUUGCUGUGCGUAAUGCGUGUCGAUACAGACAUUUGAGGUGAAAAUCAAGGAUAAAUCAUAACUAUAAAUGUUGAUAUAUCGACAAGACAACCAAACGUUCAAGGACAACUGGAGUAUAUAGCGGGAUAGAUACAUAACUACAUACAUAGAUAUGGAAAACGAUGCAAGAAAAUGAUUUAGUAGUCCAACGGGCAGUGAGUGUAAUUCGAAAUCAGAGAGAGUUUGUAUAACUAAAAUAUGUAAUUACAUCAUCUGGCAACUUAAUUAGAGCUCUAUUAUGUUUGUAAUUAGUGAGUAUUUAAUACAUGAGAACAGAAAAAUUAAAACUUCAAAGUAUGGCCAUAUUUUUUAUAGUUUAAUAUUAUUUAAAAAUACAUACAUAUAUAUAUAUAUGUACAUUAUAUUUGGCGCUAUGUCUCUUGUAUUUGUUAAUUAAGUAUUUAAAGUAGUAAACACAAAUUUAGAUGGUACUGUAAAAUAGAUAUACUUUUGUCAACCGACGAGUUACAGCAGUUUAUUUAUACAGACUUAACUUUAUGCAAAAAUAUAUAAUAAAAAAACCAAAGAAUUUAUCUUAAUGUUUACAAGCUUAUCUUAUGAUUAUGCAACUCUUUCUAAAUAAAAAUUUAUAUGUUUAACCCUAAUUCAAAAAAUAUCUUGUAUAUACAAACAAGCUU